CCGAGCUGAAACAGGAAGCUGGAGGUUGACGCGGCGCCGUGUUUUCCAGGAUUUAAACUCCCGAGGGCGGAUUCCACUUCCCGAACCUCGGUCCGAACCGGUCCCGGAGGUUCCCCGGAGGCUCCCCGGACCCAUGCGGGGCGAAGAGGCGUCGGAGCCGGGCAGGAUGGAGGAGCGCUCGGUCCGCAGGAGCCUGGAGGUUCUGUGUCAGGAGCUGAACAUGGACGAGCAGACCGCGGCCGCCGCCAUGGACAACUUCACCGCCAUCUGGGACACCUACACCCUGGAGGGCGACGUGGUGCACUGGUUGGCCUGCUCCCUGUACGCAGCCUGCAGGAAGGGAUCCACUCCCACGGUGGGGAAGGGGCUGAUGGAGGGAAACUGUGUCUCUCUCACCAGGAUCCUUCGCUCCUCCAAACUCAGUCUGAUCCAGUUCUUCUCGAAGAUGAGGAAGUGGGCCGACAUGUCCAACCUCACGCAGAACUUCCGGCUGCGCAUGGAGCAGCUGGAGCGAAACUUCGAGGUUUCCACGGUGAUCUUCCGCAAGUUUGAGCCCAUCUUCAUGGACAUGUUUCAGAACCCACAGGGGGCCGAGCCGCCGCGGCAGCCACGCAGCAGGAAACACAGGCGGCUGCCGUGUCACAUCAGUGAUGUGUUCAAGUUCUGCUGGACGUUGUUCGUCUACACUAAAGGUAACUUCCGGAUGAUCGGCGAUGACCUGGUGAACUCGUACCACCUGCUGCUCUGCUGCCUGGACCUGGUGUUUGGAAACGCUCUGCUCUGCGCCAACAGGAAGGACCUGAUCAACCCCACGUUCAGAGGUCUUCCUGCUCUCUACCGCGCCGACGGCCACGUGUCCGGGGACGAGCCCCCCCCGUGUGUGCUGGAGCGGUUGUGUGAGCUGCACGACGGACUGGUGGUGGAGGCCAAAGGCAUCAAGCAGCACUACUUCAAACCCUACAUUCAGAAGCUGCUGCAGAAACGGAUCCUCAGAGGGAACGCAGAGCUUUUAACAGAACUCUUGGAUCCUCAGAACUUCAUUGAUAACAAUAAAGCCAUAAAUAAAGAGUAUGAGGAGUACGUGUUGACGGUGGGAGAUUUCGAUGAGCGAGUGUUCCUCGGAGCCGAUGCCGAUGAGGAAAUCGGAACGCCGAGGAAGAUCGUUCAGGAGCCGUCCGCCAGCCACACGAGCAAUCAGAAGCAGCUGCAGCAGCAUGUGGAGAAGUCCGGCUCCCUCGCCCCCUCCACGCCUCUGACUGGACGCGUCUACCUGAAGGAGAAGGACCUGCUCGUCACGCCCGUCUCCUCGGCAACGCAGAGCGUCAGCCGGCUGCAGAGCAUGGUGGCCGGGCUGAGGACAGCCCCCAGCGACCACCUGAUGCAAAUCUUCAAGUCGUGCUCCAGAGAUCCCACAGCCUCCAUACUGUCCCGAGUGAAGACGCUGGGACAAGCCUUCAAAGAACAUUACACCCGAGACUCGGAGGACACACCCGGAUCUCAUAUAGACUUUGCAGAGAACCGCCUGAAGCUGGCUGAGAUCCUCUACUACAAGAUUUUGGAGAACGUCAUGGUUCCGGAGACCAAACGGCUGCAGGGCAAAGACAUGAGUGUGCUGUUGGAGCAGGACAUCUUCCACUGCUCCCUGAUGGGCUGUUGUCUGGAGGUGGUGCUGUUCUCCUACAGCUCCCACAGAACCUUCCCGUGGAUCAUCAGCGUCCUCAAACUGGCCCCGUUCUACUUCUUUAAGGUGAUCGAGGUGUUUAUCCGCUCCGAGGAAGGUCUGUCCAGAGACAUGGUGAAACAUCUGAACUCCAUUGAGGAGCAGGUUCUGGAGAGCAGAGCGUGGACCGGGGACUCGGCUCUGUGGAGCGCCCUGCAGGCUGCUGGGAGCAAGGUCCCCACAGUGGAGGAGGUGAAUUUUUCCUCCAGCCUCGACACGGGUUCUGGUUUAGGUUCUGGAUCCACCGUUGGAGCUCAGUCCCACCUGCCGCUGGUCGCCCUCUCUCCCAUCAUCCACCCACGCAUCAGGGAGUUCAGAUCGGGUCUGGGCAGCAUCCGCAAAGACGUGCCUCCGUCUCCUCUGUCGGUCCACGACCGGUACAGCUCUCCUGCAGCCGGCAGCGCCAAGCGCCGUCUGUUUGGAGACGACCCCCCGACCCUGGCGUCGGGGCUGAAUCCCGGCUUGAGCCCGAUGUCGUCUCCGGCCAAAAGGUUGACGUUCGGCUCGAGUGGAACCCUGAAGAUCGGAGGCCAGGUGACGCCCACCACUCUCCUCAGUCUCCCGCUGCAAGGUCUGAGUAAUGAGUGCACCAUCAGGCUGAUCCCGGUCCAGCCGUGCGACUCCUCUGGCACCGUCACUGCUCGGUUCCUGCUCACCGCCUCCCCGAGCAGGAUCUCCGCCCCCUUGCCCACGACCUCUGACCCCCAGGCGGGAAGUGGACGACCACGGCGCACCGGGUCGCUCGCUCUGUUCUUCAGGAAGGCGUAUCACCUGGCCAGCGUUCGUCUGAGGGACUUGUGCGCGAGGUUGGACAUCUCCUCCGAGCUGCGGGGGAAGAUCUGGACGUGUUUCGAACACGCUCUGGUUCACUGCACCGACCUGAUGAAGGACCGACACCUCGACCAGCUGCUGCUCUGCAGCGUCUACAUUAUUUCCAAGAUCACCAAAGAGACUCACACCUUCCAGGACAUCAUGAAGUGUUACCGCAGCCAACCACAGGCCAGCAGCCACGUGUACCGCAGUGUGUUGCUGCAACACAGAGAACCCAGAGAGCAGGUAGCUGACGAGAACAUGGAGGUGGAUCCGGUCUCUGGUGGCGAAUCUGCCGAGAAAACCAAUCCGGUGUCAGGGGAAGCAGACUCCGACCAAUCAGGCGAGGAGGAGCGUGGUGACCUCAUUCAGUUCUACAACACUGUGUUUGUCCUGAAGAUGAAAAGCUUCGCUCUGCGAUACGCCACCCACGACAACCGGGCGGACGCUCCUCCUCUCUCUCCGUUCCCGUCGGUCCGGGCUCAGCCGCUCUCUCCUCGUCGGAUCUCUCAGAGACACUCGCUCUACGUGUCGCCGCACAAGAACUCCGCAGGAUGCCUCACGCCCAACUCCUACACGUACAGGAUCAACAGCAGCCCGUCCAAGGAGUUGUCAGACAUCAACCGGAUGAUCCGACAGGGCUGCGUGAGCAGGAAGCGCGCCUUCACCAUGGAAGGGGACGUGAUGAUGUCAUCGGCGGUGUGCGACUCCCCCAGCAAGAGGGCGUGUCCGGAGAACGGCAGCAGCCCGGACGUGCUGCUGAAGCGGCUGCAGGACGUGGUGUCCGAGCGGCAGAGUCGCUGACCGAUGAAAACCUGGAAAAUGGCCGUAUUGCUCCUUUUAAUAACGGACGCUUGUUAAUCUCUGACCUGUACGUGUAAAUAUUAUGACCUGAGGGUCAGCGAGCCGCUUCAACAUUCAAACCAUUUGGUUUUAUCAAAAGCUAAUUUUUAAUUUCCGCCUCACGACCUCUGAAUCUUGGGCUUGGACACCAGUGAUAUAAUGAUGGAGAAAAGAACAGUCUCCGAAACAUGUUUGCGUCAUUUUAGCUGAAAAGAAUUCUUGAAAGAUGAAAACACAACCAACUUCAUUUUAACACAAUCAUAAUUUUCUUACAUACACAACUCUGAUGUGUAAACCCUAAAAAAAAUCCGAUAUCCAAUGAAGAUAUUUUCAGUUUUACACACAAAAGAAAUUCUGAUAACUCCGUGUUAGUUUCAUUGAAGAAUGUUUUCUCGCCCGAGUCUGAAAAGCUUCAUGUGUUUGUUCCACAGUUUCAUUUAAUCUGGUUAGAUUUGGAUUCACAAUGUAAUAAUUUUCUGUGAUUGAUCCAAAAAUCAAAACUAUCCCCAAAGAGGUUCAGACUGAACUGAAAAGUCUGAAGAUCUGAAUCAAACGUGGACGUUAAAAAAAGCACAAACUGGUUGAGUUUUUAUUCACAGAUGAAUUUUUACGGCUGAAACGGAUUUGAAAGCGGAUUCGAUCCUUUAACUAAUGUAAAUAGUUUCCUUUAACAAGACAAAUCAAGCUUUAUUGUACAUUUUCCAGUCAGAAUAAGUUUUUCCUACAUUAUCUGCCGACGUCUCUGCUGUCGGUGGAGAUUUCAAUGCAGAGGAAACGUUUUCCUUCUUUUACUAGGUUUAUGGUUAUGAAUUGUUGUGUUAUUCUUGUAUACGUCCUUAUUCUGUGGGUUGAAUAUAAUAACAGGUUGAAUGCUGACAACGAGAGUGCUGGACUGAAGCAGCGUCUUUCAACCGCACUGUGUAGUAUCUACACUCAAAUUUAAUUUAACAUUUUAUUGAAUUCAUCGAUGAAACAGCACUGCUGUUGCAAGUCAGUCUCUGCAGCUUCAAACGUUAACACCUGUGUAGCCGCUCUGCUCCAAGCAAAGGGAGAGGUUCAGCAAAAAUGUAACAUCUCUUUGUAAAAUGUAAAUUAAAAGUGUUUUUUUAGCUCGGAUGGAAGAGGAUCUGUCAUCGGGACCCGGGUCUGUUCUCUUCUCUGAGUCUUUUCAAAGACGUUUGUAUUUUCUACAAACUGUUAAAUUUUUGUACAAUAAAACUGAGCUGUGUUAAUUCAA